CUAAUUAUUCAUCUUCUUAAUUUGUCAAGACGAAAACAUAAAGUAAUGCCAACCAUCGGCCCCCUUUCCUCAUUGCGUAGUAACCGCAGGUAGGGGAAGUAAGGGCACCUACACCUCUCAGGCCACUGAUUCUUGGAUGCUUUUCGAUCUCUCCAACCAUCCAGUUGCGUUGAUGAAUCUAGAAACCGAUUAAAGAUCUUUAGUCUGCAACUGCGAAACCAGUCCAGAUUCCGUGAAAAGCCUCGACCUUCGUUCAUCUAUUUGAAGGUGGUGUUAGCUUUCCGAUGCUAUCUUAUGGGCUUUUCCUGGUAGAUUUGUUAAUCUGUGAAGAAAAAUCCUUAUGCAGCUGCGCGCCAAGUGUACCUUGAGCAUCGCGUUCUGUAAUGCCUGGUAUUGUGCAAAGUAUUGGAUAUAUUAUAGGAGGAAAGAAAAAAUUUUGGUGAUUCUUGCAGAGUAUUAGAUAUACUCAAGCAAGAGAGGAGGAAUCUUGGUGAUUUUUGUUAGAAUGGCUCGAGGAAUGGCCAAUGGAAGCGAUAAUUUGCUGUCAGCAGUGCUGCCCUUGUUGAAACUGUUGUGCCUCACUGUCAUAGGUCUCAUCCUCACACACCCUCGAAUCCAAAUCGUUCCUCGGGCCACCUUCAAACUCCUUAGCAAGCUGGUCUUCGCCCUCUUCCUCCCCUGCCUCAUCUUUGUCCACCUCGGCCAGUCGGUCACCCUUAAUGACGUCUUGCUUUGGUGGUUCGUGCCUGUCAAUGUGCUCAUUACCACAGCGACAGGCUGUGUUCUUGGAUACAUAGUAGCUAUCAUUUGCCGUCCACCGCCCCAAUUCUUCCGGUUCACCAUCAUCAUGUCCGGUUUUGGCAACACAGGUAACCUCCCAAUUGCCAUAGUUGGAUCAGUGUGCCAUGGCUCGGAUAAUCCGUUCGGACCUGAUUGCCAACGGACUGGCAUUGCAUAUGUGUCAUUUGCCCAGUGGGUCGCAGUCAUCCUAGUUUACACAUUUGUUUAUCACAUGAUGGAGCCGCCAAUGGAGUACUAUGAGAUUGUCUCUGAAGAGAAUGAGAUUGAGGAAGAACUGAUUAGUAAUAUCAGUAGGCCAUUGCUUCAUGAAGCUGAAUGGCCAGGAAUGGUAGAUAAAGAAACAGCACAUUCCAAGACACCAUUUAUAGCCAGAGUGUUCAUGAGCAUUUCUGGGUCAUCUCAAAAUACUUUCCCAGACAUUGAUUUCUCUGAGGAGGGAGGUGUUGCUGCUGGGCCUAGUAGUCCAAAGUCCCUUAGGUGCUUGGCAGAACCAAAGGUUGUCCGAAGGAUUAGAGUUGUGGCUGAGCAAACUCCAAUUCAGCACAUCCUUCAGCCCCCAACGAUUGCUUCUUUAUUGGCACUUAUAGUGGGAAUGGUUCCAGUGUUUAAAGAUUUUGUAUUUGGGUAUGAUGCGCCACUUUCUUUCAUCACUGAUAGUUUGGACAUCCUAGCAGGAGCAGUGGUUCCUUCUGUAAUGUUAAUUCUUGGAGGAAUGUUGGCAGAAGGUCCUAAUGAUUCAGCUCUUGGCACUAGAACUACAAUCGGAAUCAUUGUUGCAAGGCUUUUGGUGCUUCCAUUGAUUGGGAUUGGAGUGGUCGCUUUGGCUAAUAAGUUGCAUCUUUUGAUUGAAGGAGACCAGAUGUACCGAUUCGUUCUUUUGUUGCAGUACACCACACCAAGUGCUAUAUUGUUGGGAGCCAUUGCUAGCUUGAGGAAUUAUGCCGUGAAGGAAGCUUCAGCACUCUUGUUCUGGCAGCAUAUAUGUGCUGUGGUGUCUCUCUCAGUUUAUAUUGUUAUUUACUUCAAGCUGCUCCCCUAUGUUUGAGGUUAUGCCCUUGUGUUUCUUUCUCUUAAGGAUGCCUGUUAAGCCUGUGAUUGCAAAUUAGUGAACUCUGUUAGUUUGCCUCAUAUGAUGAUUAAUGAGUUUAAAGGUACAAUUUUGUAAAUAGCUCAAUUAAAUAAUGUUGGUUCAUAUAAGGUUUGUGAUUUUGUA